AUGGCGGACAACAAAGGCGUCGAUGAUACGGAACCGUCAAUAAAUCCCGAGCCUCCCCAAUCGGCGCAGGAGAACGCGCAGGGGGAGACCGGUACCGAAACUGCGCCAGCGGGCGCAGAAGCGGAGACAAUGGACGCGGAAGAGUCCGAGCCGCGUGUUUCCACUCCCGAAGCGGCAACAACCACCGGCGAAGGAGGUGGCGAGGCUAGCAUCAGCAACGUUAGCGGCGGUAGCGCCGCUUGCCCCAUGGAUGCCAGCCCCGCAGACGCCGAACCGAGUCCCGCCGAAGCCCCGGCCGUGGGCGAUCCCGCAAUCAGUGGACUCGCCUCGCAGAUGUCCCCCCCUGCCACGGCCCCGGCGACCACCCCGACAUCUACUCCCAUUAAUUUAUUGGAUACGUGCGCAGUGUGUAAACAAAAAUUUCACGGCCGAGAAUGCCAACCAAAACUUCUACCUUGCCUGCACUCGUUUUGCCUGAAUUGCCUCCCGGAACCAGAACGGCAGAUCAGCUUGCAGGUGCCUGGAUCGCACGGGCAGACCAGUACACAUAUUGUAAAUGUUAUGCGAUGCUCAGUAUGCCACCAGGACUACAAACAAAGUGAUAUUAUUGACAACUACUUGAUUAAGGAUACCUCAGACCCGACCAGCACAUCCGAUGAAAAAGCUGCACAGGUGUGCACAAGUUGUGAAGACAAUGCUGGAACCAUAGGCUUUUGCACGGAGUGUGGAGAAUGGCUGUGUAAAACCUGUGUAGAAGCCCACCAGAGGGUCAAAAUAACCAAAGACCAUAAGAUUCGCACCAGAGAAGAUCCUGACACAGAUUCUGAGUCUGUGGGCACACCUGGACAGAGGCCUGUAUUUUGUCCCAUCCACAAGCAAGAACCACUCAAGCUUUUCUGUGAGACGUGCGACACUUUGACAUGCCGGGACUGCCAGCUGCUUGAACACAAGGAGCAUAGGUAUCAGUUCUUAGAGGAAGCUUAUCAGAACCAUAAAGGUAUCAUUGAGGCCACAAUGACCAAACUACAUGAGAAGAAAAGCUUUGUCCAUUAUUCGGUGUCUCAAGUACAAAAUAGGUUAAAAGAGCUUGAUGAAACACAUAAGAAGAUUGAACACGAGAUAAAGAUUGCAGUUUUUACUCUCAUAAAUGAGAUAAACAAAAAGGGGAAGUCAUUACUACAACAACUGGAGACUGUGACCAAAGAUCGCACUGCAAGGUUGAUGGCCCAGCAUAAGGAUACAACCCAGCUUGCCCAGCAGAUCCAACACGUAUUGAACUUUUGCCAGUGGGCCAUUUCAACUGGCAGAAGCACAGCGCUGCUUUAUAGCAAGAGGCCGAUCCUGUACCAGCUCCGCCAGCUCUUUAAGGCGAGACUAGAGCCAGUGCCCAUGUCCAAUGGAGAAGUGCGAUUUUUCUGUGACCCCACGUUCUGGGCCAAAAAUGUGGUCAAUCUAGGUAAUCUGCUCAUUGAGAAGCCACCACCACCUAUAUAUCCAGCCAAUAUGGUGGGUGGUAGUGGUGGUCCCAUUUCACCAGGCCAGGGUCCACACAGCAAAAAUCCUGGACAAAUCAAUCUGGCUCAGCUCCGUCUGCAGCACAUGCACCAGGCGGCCAUCGCACAGAAGCACCAACAUCAGCAACAACAGCAAAUGCAGCAACAAAUGCGCCUCACUUCCCAGAUGUCCCAGCAACAUUCCAGACAGACUGUUCCAUCCAUGGUUCAGCAGCAGCCUCCCAGGCUCAUCAGUUUGCAGCAGAACCCAAGAGGGCCAGUUGUCCUAAAUGGUGGGCAUGUUCCCCCUAUGUACUCCUCAUCCCACCACAUGCGUCUACCGGGCCCACCACAGGGCAGGAUGCCCACAGCUCAGGCAAGACUCAAUGGGCAGCAGUAUCCUAGCAUGAUGCAGCCUCAUCUACAGCGACAGAUGUCGUUAGAAUCUGAGAUGAGCCACCAAAGAUUUCGUUUCUUACUGCAUUCUGGGCAUUCCAACCCAGGGCAUGCAGGCCCCUUCCCAGUGGCGUCAGGCCACAAUGCAAACCCCACAAGUCCUACCAGUGCCAGCAUGGCAGGAGCACAUGCUCAUCGAGGCCCUGCCAACCCUGUCAUCAGUCCCAUUGAGCUCAUCCCCACUGUCACCAAUCCAGAGAACUUGCCCUGUCUACCAGAGAUCCCACCCAUUCAGCUGGAAGAUGCAGGUUCUAGCAACCUUGGCAGCCUCUUGACUCGCUACAUCGCAGCCAGCACGCAACACCAGUCAGGUUCUAGGGACAUGAACCCCUCCCCUGGACUUUCCAUACACUCACCUGGAUCCUCAGGUCUCUCCAAUGCACACACACCAGCACGACCCUCCAGCACAUCCAGCACAGGUAGCAGAGGCAGUUGUAGCUCUGCAGGCAGAACAGCAGGUGGAGGUACUGUGGAACCUGUCCGGGUCAAACAGGAGCCUGGUUCAGAUGACUCGUAUGGGUGCCCAGGUUCUUCCACAAAGUUGGAGCGAGGGCAAGACUCUGGGAGAAGUGCUUGCAUGAUGAGCAGCCCAGAGGGAAGCACAAUUGAGAAAAUUAAAGCGGAGCUUGAAUCUGAGAGCUCUUGUUCUGGAGUCAACGGCUCCGGUUCACAGCUAACCAAUGGAUAUAUGGCCAAAGGGCAAGCAACUACAACGGGCAAUCCCAACGGGAAGGAGGAUGACCCUAAUGAAGACUGGUGUGCAGUUUGCAUCAAUGGUGGCGACUUGUUAUUAUGUUGCGACCGCUGUCCUAGAGUGUUCCACAUGAAAUGCCAUGUGCCCACCAUCGAAAUCUUCCCCAAGGGAGAUUUUCUGUGCACAUUUUGCCGGAGUAUAUCUACCCCUGAGAUUAUGUACUGUCAUGAGAGUAGGAAAGAGGUUGGAGAAAAUGCCCUGAAACCCGAGGACCAGAGGAAAUGUGAGCGCCUCCUACUCUACAUCUUCUGUCAUGAGCUCAGUGUAGGCUUCAGGGAGCCUGUCCCGAGCUCUGUGCCAAACUACUACAGAAUUAUCAAGCACCCUAUGGACCUGAAAAAAGUGAAGAAAAAGCUGCAACUACAGAACUCCCCGUAUUACAAGUCCAUAGAGGAAUUUGUGUGGGACAUGCGCAUGAUCUUCCAAAAUUGUGCAAGGUAUAAUGAGAUGUCUCGAAUAAUCCAGGUUUAUGCUGAGGAUAAAGCGAUUAAAAAUCAGGACGGAUCAGAGAUGGCAGUCUCCGGUAAAGCUGUGAGUUUGUUCUUUGAGGAGAAGAUGAAGGAAAUCUUCCCGGGACAGAGCUUCCCAGAACCGCAUGAACUGGAAGCCGCGGACUUUGAAGAGAAUGACAAGGAUGGCGAGGAAACGGAGGAUUCUGAGGAUGACUUCAUUCCACCCCGACGCAAACGGUUAAAAGUAGAUGCAGUUGAGAAAUUGGUCCACAUCAAGUGA